CUUCCCGCCGUGAUGUGCCCCCCGCCGGCUCCUGGCUCCCCACCUCCUGCCUCCGUCCUUGGCUGUUUCUGGCCUCGCAUAUACGUUGGUUGGGCCUCCAGAACCCCUUUUCUGUCUUUGACCUUUGAUCCCUUAGGCCCAUGACACCUCUUCACCCUCACGGUGACUGCAUCAGCCCUUCCCUGCACUCCAGCUGGCUUGGCCUCUGGAGAAGGGGAAACGGACAAAAACCAAUGGUUACAAAUUGAUAUAGGAGGUGGGGUGCUGUACUGAGUACUUUAUAUCAAUUAACUCGCUGAAUCCUCACCACCACCCUGCGAUGCAAAUACUGCCCUUGUUUUAUGGAGGAGGCAUCUGAAGUACAGCGGGAUGUAGUAAUUUGCCCAGGGUUGAGAAAUGUCUCCAGUAGGACUUGAACCCAGGCAGUCUGGCUGAAUCAGUCUUCUCGGUAUAACCUUAGUAACUGCCAUUUGCUGACCAACUACUAUGUGCGGGGCUGGGUGCUUGACAACUGUGGAGUCCCUUCCCCUUCACGAUGACCCUAUGGGUUUGAGAUCAUCACCUGCAUGCAGCUGAGCUCGGGGGCCCCCCCGAUUCUCCAUUGAGACGGGGCUGGUGGGAUGGGUGAGAGCUAUGACUCUCUUUCUUCCUUGCACAUAUUGCUGUGACCACCAACACCAGGCAAUUUAUAUAUAUUGUUUCUAAUCCACGGAGCAUCUUCAUUUUGCAAAUGUGAACUGAGGCCUUUAUGCCCUGGGAGUGAUUCCCCCAGGCUGGGAGGCAGCGGCGCGCGCGGGUUCCAGUCUAGCGCCCUCUAAUGAUAACAGUUGUGUACUACACACACGAUUUCCUCCGGGUACCAAGCCUUCCCUUCAUGGCGGCUCUGUACUGUUGUGUAGGUUGUGUACGUCCCAACUACAGAAUGGUGCUUCUUGGGGUCGUGCAGGACACAACUAUGCAGGGUGGUCCUGUGUCCUUUGAUGUGGAAUUGGGUUGGAGAAAAGUAUAUCUCUCCACGCAGACCUCAGUGACCUCUCAGGCAGGCAGGGAUAAGCCUUGGCCAUAUUAACAGUCCUUCUAUACAGCUGGAGGUGGGGACUGACUGGAGCGCACAGAGAAAGUACUCAGAGACCAGGUCCAAAUGAAGGACUUCCUGGGGUGGUGUCCUUGGUACUAGGCCUCUGAGACCUGAGCAUCAACUUGGCAGGAUGAGUCUUGGUCAGGAGCGGCCUUCUUCCUGUGUAUGGAACAAGGUGGGGUACAAGUGGAUAGAUAUGUAAAGAAAUUAAUAAGAGCUGCUUGAAAAGGAGGGAGGCAGGUGGGUUGGCACGGCUGGUGGCAGGCGUGGAGUGCUAGCCAGAGUUCAGACUUCACUCACAUCGCAGUAAGAGCCCUGGAGGUGUCUGCACAGAACUGGGUUCCAGCGAGACGAAAAGGAGUCUUGUGGGGGGAGGAGGAGGGGGAGGCUGGAGACCGGCUGGAGACUGCAGUAGUCCAAGCAGGAGGUGAUGGAGACCAGAGUUGGGUGGGGGCGGGGGAGGCCUAGGGAGGCAGGGCCAUGGUAAAGAGGCGGGGCCACACAGGAGAGGCGCUGCUGAUUGGAUGUGGGAGCAGCGAGUGGGAAGAGCCAGAUCUGCGAGAACAGAGAAGCAUCUCUAAUUGUGCCAGUUUGCCAACGGGAGUGAGAUGUGGAUUAGUGACGGCCAAUUUUUCUCUUCUCCAACCUCAAACUGAACCACCAAGACAGCCCAGAAGAAGAAUUGAAGGUCCCCCUCCACCAUUCUUCCCAAUCCCCGCAAGGGUGGCGGGAUUGAAAAUCUUUACAAGGGAUAAACACUGAUGCAGCACUGUCCACGCUGGCCCCUCUCCGGAUGGGUGGGUAAUUAGUACCGGCUUCCCCUCCUUGUUUGCCUAUAUAGAGCCAAUAACUCCCAUCUAGUUUUCCUCCCAUGCUCGGAGCCUCUGGGAAAAUCCUGUCUGCCUGGGUUCAAAUCCUGGCAGGGCUACUUCCUAGCUGUGUGACCUUGAGCAGGUCACUUAAGAUCUCUGAGGCUCAGUUUUCCCAUUAGUAAGUUGGGGAAUAAUGAUCGCACCGCCUCAUUCCCAGGGUCGUGGGAAUGAAUCAAUGCACAUGUAGAGCUUAGAACAGUGCCUGGCAUAUAAUAGAACCUCAAUGAAUGUCAGCUAUUAUAAUAAUAAUUAUUGGGAGUAAAUGAUUGGCCCACAACUGCUGGUGGUUGGGCUGAUAGUUUUCUUCAUUAAUUCAUUGAACAUAUAUUUAUGGCAACGUAAUAUGUGCUGAGGAUACAACAGUGAGCAAAGCAAACCAACCCCUGCCCUCAGUUAACCAGUUGGUUAAUGCCUCCGGCGAGAGCAGCUCUGAGCAGACCUCACAACCUCCCUGGACCUUGGUUUCUCCAUCUCUGUCAUGAGCAGCUCUCCUUGCUCCCCUAUGUACUGACAGGCAUGGAGAUCUGGGACAGAGGACUUCCUAAGACUCAGCUGUCCCAUUGUGGCACAAGCCUUCUCCUCUAGGGAGGGAGCACCCUGUGGCUAGAAGUAAUAAAACACUGAGCAUCCUUGAAGGUCCCUCUCUACCCUGAAAUGUUAAGGACAUUCAAGACUGUAUUAUUCCAUGACUGAAAUGACAAAUUCAGGUGCGUACGCAGAACUUCUGAAGUUCUUAAAUUCAAGAUAAUAACUGUGGCCACAAGGUGGCACCACCACCCAGGCCCAGUCUUGAAAAGUUAUUUUUUUGAAUUUUGUUUUAUUAUUUUAUACAGCAGGUUCUUAUUAGUUAUCCAUUUUAUACAUGUUAGUGUAUACAUGUCAAUCCCAAUCUCCCACUUCAUCACACCACCUCCCCCCCACGCACCCCCGCCACUUUCCCCUCCUUGGUGUCCAUACGUUUGUUCUCUACAUCUGUGUCUCUAUUUCUGCCCUGCAAACCAGUUCAUCUGUACCAUUUUUCUAGGUUCCACAUAUAUGCGUUAACAUACGGUAUUUGUUUUUCUCUUUCUGACUUAACUUCACUCUGUAUGACAGUCUCUACAUCCAUCCACGCCUCUACAAAUGACCCAAUUUCAUUCAUUUUUAUGGUUGAGUAAUAUUCCAUUGUAUAUAUAUACCACAUCUUCUUUAUCCAUUCAUCUGUCGAUGGGCAUUCAGGUUGCUUCCAUGUCCUGGCUAUUGUAAAUAGUGCUGCAAUGAACAUUGGGGUGCAUGUGUCUUUUUGAAUUAUGGUUUUUUCUGGGUAUAUGCCCAGGAGUGGGAUUGCUGGGUCAUAUGGUAAUUCUAUUUUUAGUUUUUUAAGGAACCUCCAUACUGUUCCCCAUAGUGGCUGUAUUAAUUUACAUUCCCACCAACAGUGUAAGAGGGUUCCCUUUUCUCCAACACCCUCUCCAGCAUUUGUUGUUUGUAGAUUUUCUGUUGAUGCCCAUUCUAACCGGUGUACCUCAUUGUAGUUUUGAUUUGCAUUUCUCUAAUAAUUAGUGAUGUUGAACAGCCUUUCAUGUGCUUCUUGGCCAUCUGUAUGUCUUCUUUGGAGAAGUGUCUAUUUAGGUGUUCUGCCCAAUUUUGGAUUGGGUUGUUUGUUUUUUUAAUAUUGAGCUGCAUGAGCUGUUUAUAUAUUUUGGAGCUUAAUCCUUUGUCCGUUGAUUCGUUUGCAAACAUUUUCUCCCAGUCUGAGGGUUGUCUUUUCGUCUUGUUUAUGGUUUCCUUUGCUGUGCAAAAGCUUUUAAGUUUCAUUAGGUCCCAUUUGUUUAUGUUUGUUUUUAUUUCCAUUACUCUAGGAGGUGGAUCAAAAAAGAUCUUGCUGUGAUUUAUGUCAAAGAGUGUUCUGCCUAUGUUUUCCUCUAAGAGUUUUAUAGUGUCUGGUCUUACAUUUAGGUCUCUAAUCCAUUUUGAGUUUAUUUUUGUGUAUGGUGUUAGGGAGUGUUCUAAUUUCAUUCUUUUACAUGUAGCUGUCCAGUUCUCCCAGCACCACUUAUUGAAGAGACUGUCUUUUCUCCAUUGGAUAUCCUUGCCUCCUUUGUCCUAGGUUAGGUGACCAUAGGUGUGUGGGUUUAUCUCUGGGCUUUCUAUCCUCUACCAUUGGUCUAUAUUUCUGUUUUUGUGCCAAUACCAUAUUGUCUUGAUUACUGUAGCUUUGUAGUAUAGUCUUAAGUCUGGGAGCCUGAUUCCUCCAGCUCUGUUUUUUUUCCCUCAAGAAUGCUUUGGCUAUUUGGGGUCUUUUGUGUCUCCAUACAAAUUUUAAGAUUUUUUGUUCUAGUUCUGUAAAAAAUGCCAUUGGUAAUUUGAUAGGGAUUGCACUGAAUCUGUAGAUUGCUUUGGGUAGUAUAGUCAUUUUCACAAUAUUGAUUCUUCCAAUCCAAGAACAUGGUAUAUCUCUCCACCUGUUUGUAUCAUCUUUAAUUUCUUUCAUCAGUGUCUUAUAGUUUUCUGUGUACAGGUCUUUUGUCUCCCUAGGUAGGUUUAUUCCUAGGUAUUUUAUUCUUUUAGUUGCAAUGGUAAAUGGGAGUGUUUGGUGUUGAUUAUAGCAAAGUACAGCUCAUAAUAUAACAAGCAUUUGUUAAUCUAUCAAAAAGAAUGAACUAUUGCUAACUUUUUUGGUCAUGUUUUCUUUAGUUUUUUUUUUGGCCACGACGUGAGGCUUGCUGGGAUCUUGGAUCCCCAACCAGGGAUCGAACCCAGCCCCAGAAGUGAAAGUGCCGAGUCCUAACCACUGGACUGCCAGGGAAUUCCCUAGAUUUAAAAAAAAUUAUUCUAUUCUAUUCUAUUUAAUUUUAUUAUUGAAGUGUAGUUGAUUUACAAUGCUGUGCCAAUCUCUGCUGUACAGCAAAGUGAUUCAGUUAUACACAUAUAGACAUUCUUUUUUAUAUUCUUUUCCAUCAUGGUUUAUCACAGGAUAUUGAAUAUAGUUCCCUGUGCUAUACAUUAGGGCCUUGUUGUUUAUCCAUUCUAAAUGUAAUAGUUUGCAUCUACCAACCCCAAACUCCCAGUCCAUCCCUCUCCCUCCCCCUAGUUUUUUGUGUUUUAAAUAAAGGAAUCAAACUGAAAGAGCUAAAGCAGAGGGACUAAUAUUCUAUUUCACUAUAUACUUUUAAUUUUCACAAAGCUAAAAUUUAUCGGCCACCUCCUCUGUGCAAAAUGGUUUAAAUACUCACCUCAUGUAUAUCUCCACUACCCCAGUUUCAUAGCAGCAGAGAAAUGAAGAGGCUUUGCCAAGGUCACAGAGCAAGUAGCAGAAUCAGGAUUAUAAACCCAGGUCACUGGGCUCCAAAGUGUGUUCCACACAGCACUUCUCAGUUUGCUGUUGCUCACAUCAAAAAUCCCUGGGCUGAAGGAGUUACUGAAGAGCUGAAUGCAUUCCCGUUGUACAGAUGGGAACAUUGAGGCCAAUAGCCAGCAUUGACACAGCACUGUAAAAUUUACAGGUGACACCAACAACCCUGUAAGUGGGUGCUGCAUUGUUCUGCUAGUUAUUGCAGAGGAGAAAACAGUGGCCCAAGGAGAUGGAGUCGCCAACCCUAAGUCCACAGAGCUGGUUAGCAGUGGAGCUGGGAUCCCAAGUCUGGUCUUUCUGGUUCUCUGCCCAGUGGUUGGUAUCCUGAUCCUUGAGGCACGACAGAAAUUGUCACAGUGGUGCAGGUGGCAUUGGGAGGGAGAACAGUCCUCCUCCCGCUGCAUAGACCCAUCUGCAGGCAGGGCUGGGAUUCUGGGUGCCAAAUAGUGGUUUGGGGGGAGCAUGGGGGUGUGCAAGGUCUUGAAGAUUCUCUGCCUUGGACAUCAUUGGGCAGACCCGAGUUUCAGUUCCACUUGAUCACUAGCUGCUGGUGACCUUGAGUGAGGCCCUUGGCCUCUCUGAGCCCCAGUUUAACACCUACCUCUUAGCGUUAUUGUAUUGGUAGGAAUAGCAUAAUAAAGUUCCUGGAAUACCGCAGGAACCUUAAACAUGGGGGGUAAUAUUUUCCUGCUCCUGUGGAGGGGAAAAGACCCCGUUCUACCCUAGAUUCCCUUUACAUUCCUCUCCAUUUCCUUUUUUUCUAUAGCAAUUAUCACUCUAUGACUACUUUAAACGUUUAUUAUGCUUAUUAUUGUAUGUCUCCUUCCGAUAGACUGUAAGUUCAAUGAAGUUGGAUCUUUGUUUUGGUUACUGUAGUGUCCAGAUUGGGCAAAACAGUGCCUGACACCUCGUAGGUGCUCAGUAUAAAUGUUUGUUGAAUCCACGAUAUCAAACUGUGACAUGUCAGGUAGAGACCCUUCUUAGUUCUGGUUGGGGGUGGGUGGAAUACACAGCAGCGUUGCACAGGGUGUGCCCCGCCCCACCCCUCUACCUGCAGUGACUCCACCCCACCUGGCCAGGGGAUUCCCCAAUCUGUUCCCACUCUUGGGUAGACUGGGAGUGCCAACACCUCGGGAUCUUCAUCCUUAGAGCCUGGAGCUGUCAGGGGGCAGGAUGGUUUCUGCUCGGAAGGAUUGUGAGGGGGAGGUAGCCAUCUGUUUAAAGGUUUGAAGGAAGUAUUAUAUAGGCUAUGGCAUAUUAUAUACAAUAGAUAUAUGUACGUGUGUGUAGUAUUAUAUAUGUGUACAUAGAUGUCAAGCGAUCUGCCCAAUACCUCCCAGCGGGCUCCCCCUGGUAGUGGGUAGGCAGCCCCACAAUGGGGAGCAGCCCUGGGUGAAGGCUGGCCACAGCCUCCUCCUCCGAGAUCCUCCUGUGCCCCGUGUGGGUGGGGAGGGGCAUGCGGGGGGUGGAGGCUGCUAGAGCUGGGAGGCGACCUGGCGCAGCCGGAGUGCUCGGGUCAUCCCUCUGCAGAACUGGGGGUACCAGGAACCCCGCCCGCCUGCGAGUCCUGGGCUCAGCUCUCCCCGCCCACCGCGGGGCUGGGCGCAGGCUCCGCGGCGCGGGGACCGCGCGCUUCUGGAAGCAGCCACCGCUCUUCCGUGUGCGCGGCCCCUCGCGGAGUCUCCCAGUCCCUGGGCGCCUGCCCGGCCCGCGGCCGCUUUUUCCUCUCCUGGCCCCGCGGCUCCUGCCGCAGUCGCCGGCGGCGGAGCAGCGCUCAGCGCCCCAGGUACCGAGCGCGGGAGGGAGCGGGGCCGGCGACCCGCGGCCGGGCGGAGAAGGGGCGGAGGCGCGUCCGCGGCUCCUUCUCUCUCCCUGCGGGCCGACCCGGCAUCCUCCCUCUCGCCGCGGGGACCGUGUCCGCCCGAGCCCGGGGUGCCUCUGCGCUGGCUCUGAGACCUGCCUUCCCCGCCGGGGGCUUUGCUCUGGCCCGUGGACCCCCCCACCCUGCGACCCCCAGCACCACGGCUCCCCACCUGGCGCACCCCCCACUACGCCCACCUGCCGCGGGGCGGCCUGGAUAGCGCCCACUCGCCCUGGGUUCCCACCUCCCUGGGUCCCUGCCCUCGACUCAUCUUACCGCCCGUCCCCUCUAGGGGCUCUGCUCCCACCCGGCCAAACGCUCCCAGAGUCAGCGUCCCGGUCCUCCUGACUUUCGGCCCGCUCCUUCUGGAGGGCUCAGCUCAUCAGGUGCCUCCUCCCAGACUUCUUACCGCUUUGCUCCAGGUGUCCCUACAUCACACCCGAGGGAGCCCAAAGGCCUCCUCUCCAUCCUCCUCGGGUUGCUGCCCCUUGACCCAGAGCCCCAUUCAUACCUUCCCAUCUGCGGCCCCGGGGGGUGGUCUGUUCUCACCGACUACGCCCAUCCAGCCUCUGCACCUGCGGGUCCCUCUCUCCGUCUUCCCGCCCACCCUACCUCGUCCUCCGGACCCCUUUCGGGCCUCACGUCCUCGCCCUCCGCCCUCAUGGUCCCAGAGCAGGGCCCCGCCAACAACAGCACCCUGGACUGGGAGUCGGGGCCGCCAUCGGAGCCGGGGGGCAGCGGCUGGGUGGCGGCCGCGCUGUGUGUGGUCAUCACGCUGACGGCGGCGGCUAACUCGCUGCUCAUCGCGCUUAUCUGCACGCAGCCCACGCUGCGCAACACGUCCAACUUCUUCCUGGUGUCGCUCUUCACGUCGGACCUGAUGGUGGGGCUGGUGGUGAUGCCGCCGGCCAUGCUGAAUGCGUUGUACGGGCGCUGGGUGCUGGCGCGGGGCCUCUGCCUGCUCUGGGCCGCCUUCGACGUGAUGUGCUGCAGCGCCUCCAUCCUCAACCUCUGCCUGAUCAGCCUGGACCGCUACCUGCUCAUCCUCUCGCCGCUGCGCUACAAGCUGCGCAUGACGCCCCCGCGCGCUCUGGCACUGGUCCUGAGCGCCUGGGGCCUGGCCGCGCUCGCCUCCUUCCUGCCCCUGCUGCUGGGAUGGCACGAGUUGGGCCGCGCGCGGGCGCCCGCCCCGGGCCAGUGCCGCCUGCUGGCCAGCCUGCCCUUCGUCCUGGUGGCGUCGGGCCUCACCUUCUUCCUGCCCUCGGGCGCCAUCUGCUUCACCUACUGCAGGAUCCUGCUGGCCGCCCGCAAGCAGGCCGUGCAGGUGGCCUCCCUCACCACCGGCAUGGCCGUCCAGGCCUUGGAGACGCUGCAGGUGCCCAGGACCCCGUGCCCCAGGGUGGAGUCGGCUGACGGCGGGCGUCUAGCCACCAAGCACAGCAGGAAGGCCUUGAAGGCCAGCCUGACACUGGGCAUCCUGCUGGGCAUGUUCUUUGUGACCUGGCUGCCCUUCUUUGUGGUCAACAUAGCCCAGGCCGUGUGCGACUGCAUCUCCCCGGGGCUCUUUGAUGUCCUCACAUGGCUGGGUUACUGCAACAGCACCAUGAACCCCAUCAUCUACCCGCUCUUCAUGCGGGACUUCAAGCGGGCCCUGGGCAGGUUCCUGCCGUGUCCCCACUGCCCCCGGGAGCGCCAGCCCAGUCUUGCCUCGCCCUCCGUGCGUACCUCUCACAGCGGCCCACGGCCGGGCCUGAGCCUGCAGCACGUGCUGCCACUGCCCCUGCUGCCGAACUCGGACUCGGACUCGGACCCGGGCUCGGGGGGCUCCUCAGGCCUGCAACUCACGGCCCAGCUGCUGCUGCCUGGAGAGGCCACCCGGGACCCCCCGCCGCCUGCCGGGACCACUACCGCAGUCAGCUUCUUCAACGGUGAUCCUGCGGAGCCUGAGCUGCAGCUGCCUCCGCUUGGUACCCCGAGGAACUGACACAGGCUUGGAGAGCUGGACCGGAUGGGACCAAGUCCCUGAGGCCCUGGACCAGCUCUUGGCUAAAACCAGGAUGCUACAGGUCUCCCGGGAGCCCGCUGAGCUCCAGGGGGCUGCACGGAGCCAGCUCCCCGUGCCCACUCCAGGCCUCCUACCUGGAGGGCUAGUUGCUGGCUCGGUACAGUUUUCUCCAGGAUGCCCCACUAUUGAGUGUAACUUGUGGAUGUGUGUAGAGCAAGGCUGGGGGACUCCAGGGAGUGGGGUAAGGACCUCUUGGCCCAGAUUAGGAUGAAGACAACCGGUUCCUUUGCACGUUUCUGUCAGACUGCGUGGGAGGGACACCUCUGUCUGCAGAGGCAGCUUGGCGCUGGGCCAAAUUCCUCGGUCCUCUAAGUGUGGUCCGUGGGCCACCGCAUCAGCUCCCGGGAGCCUGUUAGAAACGCACACCUCUGCCCCACCCCGACCUGGUGUUCAGCGGGUGGGUCCUGCGCACGUUAUGGUUUGAGACGUGCUGGUUAAAGGUGACCUUUAACCCCGAGGAUGGUUUGCUAGACCAUUUUUGGACCAGUCAGGUUCUCAGGAUACACCUGCCCGCGCACAAAGCAUCUGAGGCUGGGAGUCAGGCAGGCCUACAUGUGAACCUCUGCUUCACCACUUACCAGUCCUCGUACAAGUUCCUUAACCCCUCUGAGGCUGGGAGGCAGGCAGGCCUACAUGUGAACCUCUGCUUCACCACCUACCAGUCCUCGUGCAAGUUACUUAACCCCUCUGAGCCUAUUACUCCACGUGCAAAAUGGGAGUAACGACGCCUGCUUCACAGGGUGUCUCGAGCGUUAGGAUACUGCACACAGAAUGCCCGGCACUCGGCAGGUGGAUGGCUGGUGGUCCCUGCUGUUACAGCUCCUGGCCAUCCAGCCCCCUGGCCUCUGGCUGAGGGCUAGGAAGGGCUCGUUGUUCCCACUGUUCUUCCACCUUCCUCCUCGUCUUCAGCCCCGGCCCAGGUCCCACAGCCUGGCUCGCUCUGGAAGCUGGGUAGGGCCCCCACCCCAGCUCCCAGGCGGCUGCACUGCGUCUCCUGGAGCCGAAGGGAGAGCUGGUGGCUUCUGCUCAGCACCAGGAAUGGUGUUCCUCUAGCCUGGACUUCCUUGGGCCUAGAAGGGAACCAGCUGGUGGGGACAGAACCAGCCCUUGCCCACCUCCUUCUGGCCUUCCCAGGACUCAGAGGGAGUGGCGGCCAUCGGGUCAGCAGAGUUGUAGAGCUGCCCCUGGUGUGGGCUGGUGCCCUCGGGCAGGCAGGUGGACCCUGGCACAGGGGCCUGCUUUUUUCUGACGGGGGAACUCUUGGUUCCCAAAGCUUACCGACUUUAGGCUUCUUUUUAGUCAGAGCUUUUUCUUACUCUGCUUCCCACCUCCAAGUUCCAUCCACGCAAACUCCCAGGGGCCUCCACUGGCGGCCUGGAGCUCUCCUUGGUGCUGAGUAGACUCAAUUCUGGCCAUGCCGCUGGCUGUAGGGGGGCCCUGGUGCUUACUGGGGCUCCCCCUCUACCCCCAGGCCUGCCCCAGUGGACUCCCAAUAAACACUAGCUGAGGCGGUGACCGUGGUGUGAACUGAAUUCAGGCUGUAGAAGCAGCUGGUGACGUGGGAGGAGACUCUGGGUGCAGGUGUCCUGGGUUCUGGUCCGGACUCUGCCCUGAAUUCGCUUUGGGACCUCAGCAACGUCAUUUCCUCUCUCGGGGCCUCAGUUUUCCAUGGGUGACAUGAGCUGUUUGGAUCAACAGCAGUAGGAGUUCUGUAAAUAGUUUUUGAAACAAAUACACGUACCCCUGAGGACCAGUUUGGUUCCAACACUCUAAUUCCCCUGCCUCUCCCCACUCCUCGCUGCCUCCCCUGAGCUUGUCAAUAUUUUCUCUGCCGGGGCCUUGCACGAUGUGGGGGGGGGGGAUUAUCUCUGGUCCGCUCAUUCAGAGACAGUGGGAGGACCAAAGGGGAUGGUUCCAGGGAUGCAGAUCCAGUGGCUAAGAGCCUGGGCUCUAGAGGCCGACUGACUGGAGCUUGAGACUGACCAGCUGUGUGAUCUUGGGUAGCUUACCUAACCUCUCUGGGUCUGCAAGUGAAAAUGAAGAUAAUAAUAGAACCUACCUCAUAGGGUUGUUGUGAGGGUCAACUGAGACAAUGCAGGUAAGCACCCUGUACACAGUAAAUACCUAAUAAAUGGU